GCUUUAAUAAUCCCCUCACAAUAUAUAUGCUACAAACUGAUAUACAGAACAUGGGAUUCUCUUGGCCUUUGGUUUUGUUCAAUGCCACGGCGUUGAUUGAAUCCAAGUCAUGGACUGCUGGUGCCGUCUGGUCAUGGUUAUGGCUGCUUUCACUUGUUGUUUUCGAAUCGGUUCAUCGAAGAUUAAUGAGAGAUAUAUGAAGGAUUUCAUCAGUUGGGAUGACAUGAAAAUUGAUGAACAUAAAAUCAGAUUGAAUACAACAAUAGCUGAUCAUAAUCAAAGUCGAGUCAUUGUAGUCGAUAAAAAUGGCGGCAGAGAUUCAACCACAAUUCAAGGAGCUAUAAACAUGGUUCCCGAGAAUAAUCAACAAAGAGUUAAGAUUUAUAUUCUUCCCGGGAUUUACAGGGAGAAAGUAAUCGUUCCACGUUUGAAGCCAUAUAUAUCAUUUGUCGGGAACGAAAGUCAAAUGGCAAACACCAUUAUUUCAUGGCACAACAAAGCUUCUGAUAGGUCCAGCCAUGGUGGUAGCCUGGGAACUUACAGAUCAGCUUCUGUCACCAUAGGAUCUGAUUAUUUCUGUGCCACCGAGAUUACAUUCGAGAAUUCAGCUAUUGGAGCUCCUGGUGAACCUGGAAAGCAAGCAGUGGCACUCAGGAUUUAUGGAGACAAGGCAAUGUUCUACAAGGUGAAGGUUGUAGGGGGACAAGAUACACUUCUAGAUGAAACCGGAUCACAUUAUUUCUACCAUAGCCACAUUCAAGGCAGUGUCGAUUUCAUCUUCGGCAAAUCAAGAUCACUCUACCAGCAGGAAUGUUUGAUUGAAUCCACUGCUAAAAAGAUUGGAGCCAUUGCAGCACACCACAGAGAUUCACCAAAUGAUACUACAGGCUUCUCAUUUGUAAACUGCAUAAUCACUGGAACUGGCAAAGUUUUACUGGGAAGAGCUUGGGGAAACUAUUCAAGGACGGUAUAUUCUAACUGUUAUCUUGACAAUGUCAUCGUUCCUGCUGGAUGGAGCGACUGGAAUGUACCUCUGAGGCAAAUGACUGUAGUAUUUGGGGAAUACCAGAGCUGGGGAACAGGAUCUGAUACAAGGGGCAGGGUGCCAUGGUCAAGGAAACUUAGUUAUGAAGAAGCUAAACCUUUUAUGGACAUGAAAUUUAUAGAUGGCAAACAAUGGCUGAGACUAUAAAUUCUUCUCUUAUUUUCAUUAUUUAAGGUCAAACCUUAUCUCCCCCACAAACACAUAUUUCUUUUUCUUAACGA